UGGUGCUGUCCUUUGACCCGGCGCUGCUGCCCCUCCCCAGGGCCUCGGAGAGGAUCUCUGUGUCAGGAGGUGUUAAGUGAGAUCUCAGUGCAGAGAUUGACGGCAGUGGCUCUGCAUCCCGUGGGACCUUUCGAAGGAUUUCUCGUUCUGGCCCCUGCAACUCCAGGGAGUUGGGAUUUUCAAGGGUCACAUCGUCAGCACUUGCAAAAGCAGUCCAAAGGGCAGAUAGGUAUGGAGAGAAUAGAAUGUUCCAGAAGGACAGUGAUCAGAAGGGCAAUUGGAAACUUCAUGCCAGUGAGCCCGGAGGCCACACUGCCAGCACAGCCUCCUGAUCGAGAAGGCCUACUCUUCUGAUCACAACCUGUCUCUGUCUGUCCCCUGCAAAGCCAUGUGGCUGUACCUGGCAGUCCUCGUGGGCCUGUACUACCUCCUGCGCUGGUACCGGGAGAGGCAGGUGGUGAGCAACCUCCGAGACAAGUACGUCUUCAUCACGGGCUGUGACUCGGGCUUCGGGAACCAGCUGGCCAGGCAGCUGGACCUGCGAGGCUUGAGGGUGCUGGCCGCGUGUCUGACGGAGAAGGGGGCCGAGCAGCUGAAGGACCGGACAUCAGACAGGCUGCAGACAGUGAUCCUGGAUGUGACCAAGACAGAGAGCAUCGCUGCAGCCACCCAGUGGGUGAAGGAGCGCACAGGGGACAGAGGACUGUGGGGCCUGGUGAAUAACGCCGGCAUUGCCGUGCCUGUGGCACCCAAUGAGUGGCUGACCAAACAGGACUUCAUGAAGAUCCUCAACGUGAACCUGCUGGGGGUGAUCGAGGUGACCCUGAGCCUGCUGCCCCUAGUGAGGAAGGCGCGGGGCCGUGUGGUCAACGUCUCCAGCGUCAUGGGCCGGGUGUGCCUUUUUGGUGGGGGCUACUGUAUCUCCAAGUAUGGCGUCGAGGCCUUCUCAGAUUCCCUCAGGAGGGAGCUCUCCCACUUUGGGGUGAAGGUAGCUAUAAUCGAGCCAGGUUUCUUCAAGACCACUGUGACCAGUACCAAGGUGCAUUCUCAGGAAUUCCAAGAGGCAUGGGACCGGGCCAGCCCAGAGAUCAAGGAGAUCUAUGGGGAGAAGUACCUGGCAUCCUGCAUGAAAUCAAUUAAAUUGUUGAAGAAAAGUUACACGGAAGAUCUUUCCUUGGUGACAGACUGCAUGGAACAUGCCCUGACCGCCUGCCACCCCCGCACCCGAUACUCAGCUGGCUGGGAUGCCAAGCUCUUCUACCUCCCCAUGAGCUACAUGCCCGCCUUCUUGGUGGAUGCCAUGAUCGACUGGCGCUCCCCAAAGCCUGCCAAGGGCAUGUAGCCCAAUACUUGGGUGCACAGUAUGGUGGACUUGGGUACUAUGUGAGGGAGGGAUGCAUCAGGGGGAGGGAAAUAGAGUGAAGAGAGGGGUUCUCAUGUCACCAGGGACACCCAUCUCACCUCCCUCUCUACCUCCUCCCCAGUCUUCUCCUGGGGCAUUACUCAGUACUCUGGGGAUGUUAGGAGGAAGGAACCAAAUUUGACACCUGAGGAACUGGGACCCAAUAGCACAUAUGUAUGUCCUCUUGCUUGAGUGGCCUCUCAAGGCUCAGAGCCUCAUGACUUUCCUGCUACCCCGAGGAAUCCACACUUUUGGGGAGUGUGAGCAGUUGGGAGACACUCAGCCCCUCCUGAACCUGCUCUGCCUCUGUCCUCCUCCCCAGUUGUGCUUUGGUCCUGGUCUGUCUCUCCCUCCCACGGGAUGGAAAGGACCUGGAAGAAGUGAAGUCUCCUCUCCACUGAAGACAUCUGUGGACAGAGGUGGAGGUGUGGAGCGUGACACCAGCCUGACCAAUCAGCCUCAGGUGCCAACUCACUAGGGAGGCCUGCCAUGUGAGCUUAUGACCAUUCCUACCCCUGAGAGGUAGAGCCUCUAUGGGUCCAUUGGAAAUCAAUAGGCACGGUAAAUGAAGAGCUGCGUGUGAAGAUGCCUUAAUCUAUUGUUCUAAAUGUGAAACAGAUCUUUAUUGUCCAAAGAAAUGCCUGAAGGCUUCUAGUUCCCUUUAUUUGAAUGUAAUAUUUUAGCCAAUUUUCCAAAAUUGCUAACAUAUUCCAACUUAAUCUAAAGUUGCUUGGCCCCAUGGCCGAGUAGUUAAGUUCACGUGCUCUGCUGCAGGCGGCCCAGUGUUUCGUUGGUUCGAAUCCUGGGCGCGGACAUGGCAUUGCUCAUCAAACCACGCUGAGGCAGCGUCCCACAUGCCACAACUAGAAGGACCCACAACGAAGAAUAUACAACUAUGUACUGGGGGGCUUUGAGGAGAAAAAGGAAAAAAAAGUUGCAAUAGAACCAGCAUGAAAACAGUUUUUGGUAUUUUAUUUAUUUUUAUUUUUUAGUAUUUUUGUUCCUCAUCUUUAUAAUCAAGACUCACUGCUUCUUAUCAUCAGUA